AUGGCUUUCUGCAGAGUUUGGUCCACAACUCUGUUUCGCCCAGCAUCGCAAGUGGCUCCCUUCAGACGAUGUGUGCUGAAAUGGCCACAAUGGUCGGGGCAAAAGUCUUCCCUGAGCUCUGUAAGCUCGGCAACUGAGAUUGCAAUCAAGCAUUCAGCUGGUUCAGUGCUGGCACCUGAUAUGAAAGAGAUCAAUUGGGACGCGCUGUCCAAAGAUGAUGUUGAACUUUUUCAGUCCUUGCAAGCGGUCGUUGAAUCUCUUGGUGAUGAAGCCACAGCAGAUCACCCCAUGGUGGAGGUGAGGGACAAGCUCGCAACAGCUUUCAGGGACAAAGCGGCCUUGCUGAAACGGAAUUGGACAGAUGAGAUGUUUCAAGAAGGAGAAGAAAUGAAUGAAGAAAAGGUGGCUGAGAUUGAGGCAGCCAUGGCUUCGGACCUUGGAAGGUCAGGUGGUGGUUUGCACAACGGACAAAAUCUUGGGAAUGCCUUGGAUUUGGUCGGUGUUUACAUGAAGAACUACAAGCUUGACAAGGCUGAUGCAGUACUAUCCCGGUGUGGUCCUUUCGUCUCCCAGAGGGGAGGUGUUUGGAUGAUCAAGUGGCUGAAUCACGUUUCGACUGUGCGCAUGAAGCAGAGCCGGCAUAUGGAGGCUUUAGAAAUGCUUUAUGAGCUGGAGCUGUACAGCCCAUACAAUGCAGAUGAGGCACCGGAGUUUUUCGCUACGCUUUAUCGGAACCAGGCCUGGGCCCUGAAGGCUCUUGGCCGAAUCGAAGAAGCCGCGAUCUACUUCAGCAGGAUGGCAACUGCAUCUCAAAACGCCAAGGGAAACCUGGACUGGUUCGACAAGUGGGACCUUGGAAAGAUCACAGCCGCGCAGGCGUUCAAAGAGGGCAAUAUGGAGGAGUUCUUCCGUGGACGGGAAGUCGUGGAAGAGGCUUUGCAGCUCCACAUGCAACAAGAGCCAGACGAUUUGGUAAUGAGAGCCAAGGUCCAUGACUCCUUGGCUGAAUGCUACCUCGUGGCAGAGGAGUAUCCCAAAGCAGAGGAGCACUAUUCAGCUGCCUACAAACUGCUGGAGCAAACUGUAGGCAGACAGUCACCUUUGUUUGGAAAACAAGCUCGGCAUGCUGCCAAUUUGCAAAUCAGUCAAGGUUGCUACGCAGAGGCGUUGCCAUUUCUGGGGGAAGCCCUGGCAGUAGAGGCCAGCAAGGACGCUGUCAACAUUUCCGAGUUGAUUGAACUGGCCGGUGUUAUUGUCAAUGCUCAGCAGCGGUCACCUCCUGAUACAAUGGCAAAGCUUUCUUCGAACAACUCAGCUUUGAAGCGGCUGCAGCAAAAUGUCAAAGACCGCGGUCUUGACGGAUCAAAGGACUAUGCCAUCUUGUGCCACAAGAUGUCUUUGCUGUACCUCCACGAAGGGCAAGUGGAUCCAGACGCGUUGAGGACAAGAUGCAACAAGAUGCACGACGUGAUUAUUCGCAGCAUUUUGCUCAAAAAGAACGCAAACAACAAUCAGACGCCUCCUGUCCUACCACCGCCUUUUCCCGAGAAAAUGGCUGUUCAUGGAUCAGGGCCUUCAGCAGACGUUGCAUCAGAGUUUGGAGUUUUGGUCAUCGAUGGGGGCGAGGCUUCGCUGGCCAUAGCGCCACCUAACUACGGCCAGCUUCCAGGUGUACCACUGCACAAGGUUGCUCGAGUUCAGUCGAAUAUCGCUUCCCGUACACGGCGCGGUGGGCAAUCAGCUGCUCGAUUUUCAAGGACACGGCAACUUGAAGAAUUGGAGUUCCUGCGGAAAGUGGCUGCCCGAGCAGCCGAGGAAUUCAGCAGUGUUCAAGGGCUAGUCCUUGGCGGCUGUGCCAACAUGAAGCACAAGCUCGUUGCCCAACUACCUCCCUUGCUACGACGAAGGAUUUCCUGUAUUGUAAGCCUGAGCUGCAGUGCGAACUGGAUAGGAUUACAAAAAGCUGCAAGUAAAGUUUCAGUAGCCAGGAAGCAGCAUGUCCAAAGAUUGGAAGGUGACGUUGUGGACGAAUUCAUGAAAUGCGCCGAAGCGUCAGACACCAGCUACGAAUGGAUUUGCUAUGGCGAAGCUGAAACCGAACAAGCCUUGGACAUGGGUGCAGUGAAGCUGCUUCUUAUUUGUGAUGAUCACAAAAACCUCCAAAAGUGGACAAAGAUGGCCUCCUCUUGUGGGUCUGACACCACACGAAUCCAAGCAACAUCUGAUUCCUCUGCCAUGUUUUGCAGAGGCUAUAAGAUUGGGGCCUUUUUGCGAUGGCCAGUAAAGCCUUUGCUGGAAGACAUUCAGGAUAUGGAUGGCAUAGAGGAUCCGGAGGAUCCGGAGAACUCAGAUUCUGAAGCGAGUACAGUUGCUCCAGCAAGUUUGGAAAAUACACUUCCAUGGCUUCGAGAUGCACUUCAGCAAGCAGGUUAUGAUGAGACUUCUGCAGAAGCACUGACAAUCGGAGUUGAGAUUGUCCUCUCGUGUGACAUUCGAACUCCUGAAGAGCGCUUCAGUGAUGCCCUAGAGCUACUGCAAGGUCAAGAUGUUCCCCCAGAAGUUCUAGAAGAGUUUUGUUUGCUGGUGGGUGACGUUCUCGGUGAUGCGUUCAGCGACGAUUCUUGGGACUGAAGGGUGGCGCUCAUAAGAGCUGACGGUGCCAAUGGAGUUAGCCGCGAAGAUGGAAGCCCAGGCCAAGGAAUCCCAGAGCGGUCGAGACCAGCACAGUCCAAAUGAGCUCAGAAUCUUUGUCACAGAGUCACAGAGGAUAAAUGGGCAUCAAUGUGCACAAAGGUGCAGCGAAGCUCAGACGAUGAUGAAAUGCACAAAGCUGACAAAUCAAAAGCAUUCAACAGCAGUCAAAAGCCAAUCUAGGCUGCAAGGCUUGCAGUUGCCAGAUUCAGGCAAGAGAUUUGAAAGGCCUUCAGAUCAUGGAAAACUCCUUCCGGGGGAAUUUCAGUUUUGCCUCUCUCUUGACGCUAGGUUGAGAGGAGAACGUUUCUCAGGAUUAUGAGAUGAAUCCAGCAUCAAAGAUGCCUGGAUUUGGAUUACGCAUGAUUGCGCGAUUUUCAUGCUUGUACAGUGUACAGAACUGGCAAGUGGCAUGAACAAUGCCCCUAUGAGACUUGAGUGGAAAGGAGGCGCCAGAAAAAUG